AUGAAAUUCUCUACCGUCGCUAUCGGUGCUUCGGUCCUGGCCAGCGCUGCUCUCGCAUCCCCUCUUUCCAAGCGCUCCGUCCGCCAAUCAACCCCGGCCAAAAAGCUCGUCACCGAUGUCGAAGCCCAGACCGUCAGCUCUAGCAACUGGGCCGGUGCCGUACUACAAAGCGGCACUGUUUCCUCUGUAACCGGAACAUUCACCGUCCCAACGCCCCAGGCCCCCGACGGAGGUGACCCCAACACCAACUACUGUGCGGCCAUCUGGGUCGGUAUCGACGGUAGCAGCUGCCAGAGCGCUAUCCUGCAAACCGGCGUCAACGUCUGCAUCCAGAACGGCGUUCCCAGCUACGGCGCCUGGUACGAGUGGUUCCCGCAGGCCAUGAUCGGCUGGGACUCCAGCACGCUUUCUAUCAACGCGGGUGACCAGAUCCGGGCAACGGUGUCGGCCACCGCUGACAACGCCGGCACCGCUACCGUGGAGAACCUGUCGAACGGGCAGACCGGCACCUACACGUGGAACGGAGAUGUGCAGGGGGACCUCUGCAUGGCCGAGGGAGAGUGGAUUGUGGAGGACUUUAGCUCGGGCGGGCCUGUGCCUUUUGCGAACUUUGGAUCUGUGACUUUCUCGGAUGCUUCGGCCACGGUGAAUGGCGCUGCUGUGGGUCCUGACAAUGCGGAUAUCUGGGACAUGGAUGCCAACGGUCAGGAGCUGGCCACUGCCUAUAUCAGCAAUGGUCAGGUCAUUGUCAACUAUGGUUAA